CACGUGGACGUAGUCCUCAAUUACGACAUACCGACGCACAGCAAGGAUUACAUACACCGCGUGGGCCGCACGGCCAGAGCCGGCAGAUACGGAAAGGCCGUCACGUUUGUCAGCCAAUACGAUGUGGAACUCUAUCAACGCAUUGAACACCUAAUCGGCAAAAAGCUACCAAUUUUUGAGACACACGAGGAAGAGGUGAUGCUUUUGAACGAAAGGGUAUCCGAAGCGCAACGAUUCGCCAAAUCUGAAAUUCUCGACACGGAUAACAAGAAAAGAAAGCACACGAAGGCUGAUGACAACGACGACACGGAGGAAGCGAUUGGCGUUAAGAAUAGAUUGCAUUCAAAGAAAAAUCAGCAAAAUUUCGGCAACAAAAACAACAACAGAAAUAACAGUAAUAACAGUCACAGCAAAAAGUUUAAAAAGCGAUAAAUUAUGACUUUUUGUAUGACUUUUAUGUUUAAUAAAUUAUAUUUUAAAAAUGAA